CGCUGAUAGACUCACACAACAACUCUUCCAGAACCUGAGAGAGGAACAAACUCUACAAACAGGGGCAAAGGAAAGAGGCUUUGAGACUUUCAACACAAAACUAACUUGAGAGAAAACUGCAAGAAACUAAACAAGAUCCACUUGAGAUCUAGAGAACGCAAAACGGCAGAAGAUUUUCUUUUGAUUUGCAAGAAAACUAAACCAUGUCUUUCGGAAAAGUGACAGCUGCACUCCUCUUGACUGUGCUCUGCUGGGUAACUGAUGCCCAAGACUGCAGUGGGGAAUGUCAGUGCCCACAGAAGAUACCUGAAUGUUCACCUGGGGUUAGCCUGGUCCAGGAUGGAUGUGGCUGCUGUAAAGUGUGUGCCAAGCAAUUGGGCGAACUCUGCACUGAGAAAGACGUUUGUGACCCACACAAAGGACUGUUUUGUGACUUUGGCUCCAGAAUCAACAGGAAAAUUGGAGUCUGCACUGCCAGGGAAGGUGCCCCCUGUGUGUUUGGCGGCAUGGUCUACAGAAGUGGAGAGUCUUUCCAAAGCAGCUGCAAGUACCAAUGCACAUGCUUAGAUGGAGGUGUUGGCUGUGUGCCACUCUGCAGCAUGGAUGUCCGUCUCCCCAGCCCUGAUUGCCCAUACCCAAGAAGGGUGAAACUGCCUGGCAAGUGCUGUGAAGAAUGGGUCUGUGAUCAGCCUAUGGAGAAAACCAUGGUUGGACCUGCUCUGCCUGCUUUCAGAAUGGAAGAGACAUAUGGUCCUGAUCCAUCUCUUAUGCGUGCCAACUGCCUGGUACAGACCACUGAAUGGAGUGCUUGUUCAAAGACCUGUGGCAUGGGCAUCUCUACACGAGUUACCAAUGACAACGAGCACUGCAGACUGGAGAAACAGAACAGACUUUGUAUGGUUAGACCUUGUGAGGCCGACCUUGAGGAAAACAUUAAGAAAGGAAAGAAGUGCAUCCGUACUCCUAAAAUCUCCAAACCAGUCAAGUUCGAGUUUUCUGGCUGCACAAGUGUGAAAACCUACAGAGCCAAGUUUUGUGGGGUCUGCACAGAUGGUCGUUGCUGUACCCCUCAUAGAACCGCCACCCUCCCAGUAGAGUUCAAGUGUCCUGAUGGUGAGGUCAUGAAGAAGAAGAUGAUGUUCAUCAAAACAUGCGCAUGCCAUUACAACUGCCCUGGAGACAAUGACAUCUUCGAAUCCAUGUACUACAGAAAAAUGUACGGGGACAUGGCAUAGAUCCAGAAAAAACCACGCCAAAAGACUGUUUCACUUGAAAUGACUUUUGCAUCUCAUUGCUAAACGUAAAGUUCUAGCACAAGAACGUAUUUAUGUCUGUUUGAAUGAAAGUCUUUCUCUUAAAGACUUGAUCGUUGAAUGACACAAGCCAUUGGUUUGAAGAAAGGAAGACGAACCAGGCCUCCUUAGCUCUGCUGGGUGCAAUGUAAUGUUGCUGUACAUCCACUGUCAUAAGGCAGUAUUCACUGAGUAGAAGUGACGUUGCAUUUUGCACCCAGUAACUGGAAAAAAAAGCUCUUACUAUUUUUAUAUUCAGUAUUCAUUAAAUGGCACUCGUUCAGUGACAGCUGGAAUUUAUAUUCCAGACAAAUUAUGGUGUCCAAACAGUUGUCCUUAUAGGACAACUUAUUUUUGUUUAGCAACCCCUAAGAAAAAAAAAAAUGUAACAUGGAAUGGAAACUAUGUUUGUUACACGACUGGAAAGUUUACAUCAUGCUCUACCGCAUGCUGUAAUCUUGCUUUUUAUAGUUAUUGUACAUAAUGUAUAUAUAUUUUUGUACAGUUAUCUAAAUUAACUUAAAUUUGUUUUAUGAUCCUGUUCUUCAUUUUUUAUAAUGCUUAAAUAUUUUGAUAUCCUGUUUUUUUUUAUUCUAUUGUCGAUCCCUGAUAAGUACUUUUUAAUACUCGUCUGAACAAUUGUUCAGGGUAAGAAAACAGAUUAUCAAGUGAAAACUGUAAACAGUUACCGGUGGUAUUGAUUGUAUUAGAGGGUUUCAUACCAGUUAAGCUUUAAUAUCCAAUUGCAGUUUAGAUUGAAACUGUUCAUGAUUUUCACUAAGAUAAUCUGUUUUUUGUUUUUGUUUUUUUUACCUUGAUCAUGACUGUACUUUUGUUUUCAACAUUUUUAUUUGUUGAGAAGUGUGACCAAAAAAGGUACAUGUUUGCACUUUUCUAGAUGAAAAAUAAAAUAUUUUAUUUUUUUAUACAA